GUCCUCAAAAACAUGUCCAAAAUGGCUUUGUGCAUCUCUGGUGUAAUUCUCAGUUUAUAAGCAUUUUGUUUUAAGAAGAAUUAACUUGAUUCUAAUAUCUAGAAAAUUUCACUAAUUUUUACCUAUUUGUUUUUGUGUUUUCACUAAUUAUAUUAUAAAAAUUAUGGAAGUUAACAAAGAAGUGAUUUUAGCGGAUUUUCAGGCUUGCACAGACAUUGAAGAUGUCGCAGAAGCUAUUUUAUAUUUAGAAGGCACAAAUUGGGAUUUACUGGCGGCGAUAAACCGAGUUAUGCCAAUAAAUACACAACAACUGCCUUCAGAAACAAGUAACGAUGUCGUUAUGAUAGAAGAAGUUCACAGGCCGACUCGAAAUAAUGAAUCAAUUGAUAUUACAACUGUCCCAAAAUCAUCAAAUAACAGAUCAGUUAGUAUGGAGAUUGAUGAAAUUCUCCCCGGCACGAGUAGAUCAAAACCAAACCCACCAUCAAGAGUGCUUACAUUCCACAUUUCUCUCGAAAAAACUAUUCACACAAUCAGUUGUCCUGAGUCCAACACUCUGGGAGAUUUGAAACGCGUAAUAUGGGAGAAAACAAGUAUUGGUCCUUGUCAGCAAGUAUUGCAUGGCUGGCAUAAAGAACCGCCUCGAGAUACGACAAUUUUUCAAACAUUAAAUUUACCACGAGAGAAUAAUUUACAAUUGACUCAAGUUAUCGAUCUAGGAGAAUCGCACGCAGAGCCAAUUAAUCUAAGUGAUCGUUUGACUCGAACGUAUACACUAAACAUAAGAAAUGAAAUGAAUAAUAAAUUAUAUAAAUUGAAAUUCCCGGGAAUGCACACAAUUUCCGAAAUAAAGAGAGAUAUUUAUUCCUUAACGGAUGUGCAUGUCAGAAAUCAAGUUUGGAAAGGAUGGCCAGAUUCUGUAACAAGUGAUGAUAUAACACUGGGACAAAGUGGCAUUUCCUAUCCUGAACAUAAUCUCUCUGUUAACAAAUUGCCAAAUACGGAGAACAAAAAGGAAGUUGUGGAUUUGGCAGACACUGACAGUUCAGUAGGCGAAGUUGAAUCUGUCGAAGAUUUCGAAGAUAUCCCAGAAUCGUGCAACGUUGAGGAUGACAUUUUUAUAGAUAAUAUACAAUCAACAAGAAUUCAAUACCUCAUGCCUAGUAACGUGGAGGACGAAACUGUUGGAACACUACAUUUUGCUGAAGAAUUUGAAAAAAGAUACGGCCCUAAUCAUCCACAAUUUUACACUGGAACUUUGGAAGAAGCUAUACAAGAGGCUUGCGGGAAACCUCCAAAGGACAGAAAAUUGUUGGCUGUUUAUUUGCAUCAUGACAAUAGUGUAUUGGCGCACGUUUUUUGCACUCAAUUAUUAGGAUUUGAAACUGUUUUACAGCAUUUAUCUACAAAUUUUGUAAUAUGGGGCUGGGAUUUUACACACGAAUCAAAUAAAUUGAAAUUUUGGACAUCAAUUAAUCAGGCUUUGGGUCCAACUGCAGCGAGAACUGUGAGAAACAUUGAUGUUGACACAAUGCCAGUUUUAAUGAUUAUUAUGCGUACGAGAUCUAAUACAGAAAUAUUUAGAAUAGUUUUUGGCAACGUGGGAGUCAGCGAACUCCUCACGAAUCUAAUUCAUGCUGUAGAUAUAUUUCAGGAACACCGUCAAGCUGAUAUUGAAUUUGAAGAAGAGCGACAAUCGAGAGAGAGGGUUAAACAAGAACAAGAUCGAGCCUAUCAAGAGAGUUUAGCUGCUGAUAGAGCUAAAGAAGAAGCAAAACAAAUGCAGGAACAAAUCCAGAAGCAGAAGAAGGAGCAAGCCGAAAGUGAAAGGCUCGCGGAAGAAGCGAGAAAAGAAGCGCACAGACAAUCGGUUAUAUCAAGUUUGCCUCCAGAGCCUCAACCUGGCGAUAAAGUGUUGAAAGUUAGAAUAAGAGUUCCAGCUGGAGAAGUUCUGGAACGCAGGUUUCAACCUGAUACACCACUACAAAUUCUACUUAACUAUUUAACUGUCGAAGGUUAUCCCACCGAAGAAUACAAAGUUCUUUGCACCUGGCCCCGAAGGGAUUUAACAUCGAUCGAUACAAAGCUCACACUCGCUGAUUUAAAUUUUUGUUCUCAAGAGACCGUCGUUUUAGAAAUGCGGUAAAAAAAUUUUUAAUUAAAUUGAAAA